CACGAUCCGACCGAGUCCACUUUCCUCUUCCCAAACACCAACAUUGACGAACAGCGAGCGCCCGUCACAAUCCACCAACUACCCAAUUACCCAAAUCUCGACAGCGCCCAUUUGAGGUGCUGUUACUACCGAAACUGGAGUCCACUAAGUCUCAACGAAACCACAAUGGCCGCCGACGCAAGCGGCGGGUUCCUCGCAUAUCAUGAGCCAGAUAUCAUCAGCAUCCUGACGCUCAUCUCGUUUUUCCUGUUUCUUGCCAUCGCAGAAUGGCUGGCCGACAAGAUUGUCCGCGCGUCCCUGAUCGGGCACAUCAUCGUUGGUCUCAUCUACGGCGUGCCCAUUGCCAAUAUCCUGGGACUUGACUGGCAGGCCACGUUCCUCGCUCUCGGCUACAUUGGCCUGAUACUGAUCAUAUUCGAGGGCGGCCUGACCAUCCGCCUCGACCUGUUACGCCAGAACCUCCUGCUCAGCAUCGUCGCGGCCCUACUCGGUGUACUCACGCCCAUCGCCCUGUCAUUCGCCCUCCUCUACGCAGGGUUUCACCACACCCCCCUCGAAGCCUUCAUAGUCGGCACAGCCCUCUGCUCCACCUCCCUCGGCACCACCUUCGUCGUCCUCGCCAGCGCCUCCAAAAACAAACCCAGCCCCAAACCCAGCCUACCGGACAACGCCAACACCCACGUCCCCACCACCCCGGCCGUGGAUUUCUCGCAGACCCGCAUCGGCACCGUCCUCGUCAGCGCCGCCGUGCUCGACGACGUCUGCGGCCUGGUGCUCGUCAGCGUCAUCCACAACCUGCGCGGCAUCGCCGGCGGCGACGGUGGCGGUGAAACGGGCCUGGGCUGGAUCAUCGGCCGGCCGGUGCUUGCCAGCGCUUUGAUGGCGCUGCUGACGCCCGCGGUGGCCAAGUUCGUUGCCGGCCCAUUGUACCGCCGGUUCGUGGCGCCGCGGUUGCUGCGGUUUGGUGCCGCUGCUGCCGGGGCGGGGCAUGUGUUUAAUAUCCUGCUCAUGGCGGUGGUGCUUUGUGCGUUUUUGGCGAUUGCCGCGUUCGCGGGAGCGUCGAUGCUGUUUGGUGCCUUUUUGGCCGGCGCGUUCGUCAGUGGCUUGCUGGGGAGCAAGGGGAGGGAUGUGAGCGAGGAGGAGCCGGGAGUUCCGGCUUUUGCGGACUCGUUUGAGCACUACUUGGGAGCGCCGCAGAAGUAUGUCUUCCAGCCGUUGUUCUUUGCGAGUAUCGGGUUUGCCAUCCCGUUUAUCGACCUCUGGACGGGCGAGGUCAUCUGGAAAGGCUUCGUCUACACGCUGCUCAUGGUAGUUGCGAAGCUCAUCGUUGGGAUAGUGGUCCCUGUUUGGGAUUUCAUUUCGCCCCGAAUCCGAAAGACAAACUCGGAGAAGAUGCCGGGGAGUGUCACGGCUAGCUGGGCCCCGGCGACGCUGUUGGGGGCUUGCAUGGUAGCGCGCGGCGAAAUCGGGCUCCUCAUCAUCCAGAUCGGCCUCAAUGAGACGCCGUUCCUAACUCAGAAGGCAUUCAUCAUCGGUGUCUGGGCUAUUGUGCUCAACACCAUCAUCGGCCCUGUGUUUGUGGGCAUCCUCCUGAAGAGGGCCGGGACCAGCAUCGCCGAGGAUGCUCGCUGGGGUGUUCAAGCGAAGCACGGGUCUGACACGGAAACCAGUGCGGACGUUGAACCAACCGGUACCUCAGGCGGGACAAGUCCGAGACUUGGCUUGGCUUAAUUCCGACUGCGUUGCGGCCUCAUCGCAGCCCGUGUUC